CUAAUCCUUUGUGAGAAACUGCAGAAGGGUUUGUGGGGAACAGCAACUCCCGGUCACAGUCUCAGCAAUCAGGGGAAAUUUGUCAGCCAGUAACAAACCCUAAAAAUUCAUUAGGAUGGCUUCUGACGAGAAUGUUAAAGACCUGAUUUUUGAAGGAUAUUUGAAAAAGCGAAAAGAUAAGAUGAAGUUUGCUUGGGCAAAAUACUGGUUUAGGCUCCAGAAUACCACCUUGUUUUUCUACACUGAAAAGGAUUGUGAAGCAUGUCAUCUACGGGGUCAAUAUUACAUCCACACGGUUCAGUCUGUGAGAGAACUCAAAGCCACCAACCGCGAGUAUCCCUUUGAAAUAGUUAUGAAAAACGGGAAGAGGAAAUUGCUGGCUGCAGGAAGGUCGGACCUGCGGACCAUCUGGAUGGAGUUUCUGUGGAAAGCCAUGCAGCUUCCUGGACCAGGCAAGAAGAAUUCAGCUUGCACCUGGCAUGACAUCCCCUGCCUUAUGGAAAGAGCAGCUUCUCUCUAUGGGGACACCAACAAGUUGCGGGCUUCCUCAACGCUGUUCAGGUCCUUGAACACACACAGUCAGGACUUCACCUUGGACACCACACAUCUCCACAAAUCUCCGGCUACACCUCGGAACACUCUGCUGAAGUGUUCAGACUUUUUAGCUGAACCUUACUAUGUGAGCUCGAGUAGUGUCACAUCGUCCAGUACCGGGGAGGAGGAUGUGGAUCAUGACACCGUACCCCUAUCUAAAGAUCUCACGUGUAACCAGUUCCCAAAUAAAGAGGAGUGGAAAGCAAAUGAUGCUCAGAGUCCAUGGUCUGAGGUUCCUGGCAAAGAAAAUUGUCAGAGUGGGAUUUAUGACGUUCCUAAAUCCUUUGCAAAAUUAAAGAUUGAUUCCAAUGUUCAGUCUUACACUGAUAAACCAGCCACCUCCAGCUCCAGUUCAGGACUGUUGGACGAAAUCAUUUCAGACUGCAGGAUUUUGACAUGCCAUUGGCUGGACUCCAUUGAGACUCCACAGAAUGCAUCUAUUCCAACCUAACACCAGUUCUACACCGGAGCAAUGGAAAACGUUCCUAGAAGAAACUAAUGAAACAACACCAAUACCUUCCACAUUAUUUGAUUGUGUUCCUUCUCGGUUACACACAGUCUUAUAUCAUUUUUGUGGUCUUUAUUACAUACUUAAUAUGUCACCUUGGUAACCAUAUUGAGUACAAAGUCACAUGGAACAUGUUGCCAAUCAGGAAUAUUUGAGCAAAGAAUGAGACAGCCUCCAUUUUGGUAAUUGCUGAAUUACAAGUGAUCAUGACACAUUGGAAUUUGCCAAAUAAUAUUAAUUUGCCCAGUAUAAUGUUAAAACCUUGAGAAAAUACAUUUAUUUAAUGA